AUGUCAAAUGAUGAUAAAACAAAUAGUUUUGGUAAUAAAAUGAGAAGUUUUUAUUCAAAUAGCUCAAAUAACUCAAAUUCCCAACAACCACAUGGAAAUAAUAAUAACAACAAUGACGAAGACACAGACGAUUUAUCAUUCUUUAAUCAAUCAAAUAAUAAUAAAAAUAAUAAUAAUAACAAUUACAACAAAAAUAAAAAAGAUGAAGGUACAUUUGUUUAUAGUGAUGAAGAGACUGAAACACCAAAAGAUUUAGACUCUAGAGUUAAAAUUAAUAAUGCUGUAAUUUUAACACCAAAAUCUGUACAAAAAAGAAAAUUUGAUGAUAAUGAUCAUAACAACAACAAUAACAAUAAUAAUAACAAUAAUAAUAAUAAUAAUAAUAAUAAUAAUAAUAAUAAUAAUAAUAAUAAUAAUAGUAAUCCACAACCAUUUAAAAAGACAAAUAAUAACAAUAACAAUAACAAUAAUAAUAAUAAUAAUAAUAAUAAUAAUAAUAAUAAUAACAAUAUUCAAAUUGAUGAUGAUGAUGAUAUUGAUAUUGAUCCAUCUGUUUAUGAAUCAAUUGAAGAGGAAUUAGCAAGUCAAUCAAAACCAGUAAUAAACUCUGAUGAAUUGGCAAAUAGAUGGCAAUGGAGAUCCGAUAGUGGUUGGGAGAGUUAUGAUGUUGAAAAGAUGUAUCAAAUUGAAGAAGCUUAUAAAAAACAAUCAAAAGAUAUUAGAAUCGAUGAAGAAAGAUAUAUCGACUUUAAAACUUUUAAACAAAAAAGAUAUGAUUCACUUUUAAAACAAAGAGAAAUUCGUAGAAUUCCAAUUAAUUUACCAUUAUCUUCUGUUCCAAAUUCUUUAACUGGUGAACAAUCUAAAUUUAAACCAGGUUCAAAUUCAAAUUCAAAUUCAAAUUCAAAUUCAAAUUCAAGUUCUUCCUCAAGCAAUCAAAAUUCUAAAUUUAGUAAUGCAUUUUCAAUGUUUAAAAGUAGUACUACACCCCCAAAGCCAUCAACACCAUCUAAUAAUAACAGCAGCAGUAACAGCAGGAACAGUAACAACAACAAUAACAACAACAAUAACAACAACAACAACAACAAUAACAACAACAACAACAAUAAUAAUAAUAAUAAUAAUAGUAAAAAAUGGCAAUGGAGAGAAGAUAAUGGAACAUGGAGAGAUUAUUCAGAUUCAGAUUCUCAAAAAUUGGAUGAAUCAGUUAAAAAAGGAAAUAAAAGAUGUCAAAUUGAUGAUGAUAGAUUUGUAGAUUUAGAGAAUUUACUUCAAAGAAGAUAUGAUGAUAACCAAAAAGUUAGACCUGUUAGAAAAGGUGAACCAAUAAAAACAACAAAUACAAAUACAACUUCAACUCCAAAAACAACUUCUAAUGUACCACUAAAACCAACAACAACAACACCACCAAAAACAUCAAAUACAAAUACAACUUCAUCAACUACUCAAAAAUCCUCUUCAUCAAAUAAUAAUAAUAACAAUAAUAAUAAUAAUAAUAAUAAUAAUAAUAAUAAUAAAAAUAAUAAUAAUAAUAAUAAUAAUAAUAAUGAUCAAGGUUCAGGUAAAUGGUAUUGGCAAAGUGAUUCAGGUUGGGAAGAAUAUAAUUCAGAAAUAAAUGAAACUAUUGAAUGUGGAUACCAAAAUGCAGAAAAAUCUUUAAUAAUUAGAAUUGGAAAAGAGGAUAAAAUUAUAGAUUAUAAUGCUUUUGUUCAAAGAAGAACUGAUGAUACAACUAAAAGGAGAAAUAUAAAACGUGAAAUUGUAGCUAGUUUUAAACCAUUUCAAAAGAAUAAUAAUAAUAAUAGUAAUAGUAAUAGCAAUAAUAGUAAUAAUUAUAAUAAUAAUAAAGAUUUUGAUAGUAUUAGUAAACAGCAACAACAAACAAAUAAAAAGAAAUAUGAAAUGGAAUUUAAUGAUGAAAGUUUAUUUGAAUCAUCAAGUUCAAAUAGUAUAGGUGAGAGUGAAGAAGAUAUGAUGGCAGAUGAUUUAGAUAUGAGUGAUCCUAAAUUUAGAGAAAAGAAAAGAAAAUUAUAUGUUUGUGGUAACGAUUAUAAAACAUGGGAUCAAUUAACGAGUUGGUAUCAAUUUUUAGAGAAUAACAGACAUAGAGUUCCAAAACCAAAUAAUGAGAUCGAGCCAAGUGCAUAUUUGAAUAAAAAACUUUGUUUAUUUGGUGGUGAUAUUACAACAUUGGAAGUCGAUGCAAUUGUGAAUGCAGCCAGACCCUCUUUGUUGGGUGGUGGUGGUAUCGAUGGCUCAAUUCAUAAGGCAGCUGGUAUUGGUCUCGUUAGGGAGUGUAAAGUCUUUGGUAGAUGUGACUUUGGUAAAGCAGUAAUCACUAGAGGUUAUAGAUUACCAGCAAAAUAUGUAAUUCAUACUGUUGGUCCAAUGGAUAAAAAUCCAGAUACUCUAAAGAAAUGUUACGAGUCUUGUUUGGAUAUCGUUUUAAAAAAUGACCUCAAAACUGUUGUUUUUUGUUGUAUUGCAACUGGUGUAUAUGGUUUCCCAAGUUUAGAUGCUGCUCAUAUCGCCCUAUCAACCAUCUCUAAUUGGUUGAAAAUUCAUCAUAAAAAAAUAGAUAGAAUUAUAUUUUGUAUCUUCACCAAAGAAGAUUAUCAAAUUUAUGGAAAACUUUUACAAACUUAUUUCCCAAUUCAUCAACUAGAUGAAUAA